GCUCGACAAACAGGGCGUGGACUUGCUGAGAAGAGACGCAAUAACGGUCUCCUUCUUUCCUGCGUUAUCACUUCGCUCGCCUCUUCUUCUUCUUCUUCUUCUUCUUCUCCUCCUCUUCCUCACUCCUGUCAGCUGCAAAGAUGCGCGAAAUCGUGCACCUGCAAGCCGGACAGUGCGGCAACCAGAUCGGAGCAAAGUUCUGGGAGGUGAUCAGCGAUGAACACGGCAUCGACCCGACUGGGACGUACCACGGAGACAGCGACCUGCAGCUGGACAGGAUCAGUGUCUAUUACAAUGAGGCUUCAGGUGGGAAGUACGUUCCCCGUGCCAUCCUUGUGGAUCUGGAACCCGGAACCAUGGACUCGGUCCGCUCCGGCCCUUUCGGACAGAUCUUCAGACCUGACAACUUUGUAUUUGGACAAAGUGGUGCUGGAAACAACUGGGCAAAGGGCCACUACACUGAGGGGGCGGAGCUUGUCGACUCUGUGCUAGAUGUGGUGCGUAAGGAGGCGGAGAGUUGCGACUGCCUGCAAGGGUUCCAGCUCACUCACUCUCUGGGAGGCGGAACGGGCUCCGGCAUGGGCACGCUGCUCAUUAGCAAAAUCCGCGAGGAGUAUCCCGACCGCAUUAUGAACACAUUCAGCGUGGUGCCAUCGCCCAAAGUGUCCGACACUGUGGUGGAGCCCUACAACGCCACACUGUCUGUGCACCAGCUUGUAGAGAACACCGACGAGACCUACUGCAUCGACAACGAGGCACUUUACGACAUCUGCUUCCGCACGCUGAAAUUAACCACGCCCACUUACGGAGACCUGAACCACCUGGUCUCGGCCACCAUGAGCGGUGUCACGACCUGUCUGCGUUUCCCCGGGCAGCUGAACGCAGACUUGCGCAAGCUGGCGGUCAACAUGGUGCCCUUCCCACGUCUUCACUUCUUCAUGCCCGGGUUCGCGCCUCUCACCAGCAGGGGGAGUCAGCAGUACCGCUCUCUGUCCGUGCCCGAGCUGACUCAGCAGAUGUUCGACGCCAAGAACAUGAUGGCAGCCUGCGACCCGCGCCACGGCCGCUACCUCACCGUGGCCGCCGUCUUCAGAGGUCGCAUGUCCAUGAAGGAAGUCGACGAGCAGAUGCUCAACGUGCAGAACAAAAACAGCAGCUACUUCGUCGAGUGGAUACCCAACAACGUCAAGACGGCCGUGUGUGACAUCCCGCCACGUGGCCUCAAAAUGUCCGCCACGUUCAUCGGCAACAGCACGGCAAUCCAGGAGCUGUUCAAGCGCAUUUCCGAGCAGUUCACUGCUAUGUUCAGGCGCAAGGCUUUCCUGCACUGGUACACCGGAGAAGGCAUGGACGAGAUGGAGUUCACCGAGGCCGAGAGCAACAUGAACGACCUGGUCUCUGAGUACCAGCAGUACCAGGACGCCACCGCCGAGGAGGGCGAAUUCGAAGAGGAGGGCGAAGAGGAGGUUGCUUAAAUCUAAGCCACACCCGGCCAACGAUACAUCCAUCAAAAUUUCCCCGUCUCCAUGCACACUGAUGGUCCUUACAGCUGUGGCGUUUCCAGUGAAUUGUGUAACAUUUUCUUUUGUUUUUAAUUGUCUUUGUGUUUUUGUA